GUUCUCAGGCAGCUUCAAUGGAAGGAGGGAGCCAAGAAGGGGGCCUGGUAUAAAUUCAGAGAUGAUAAUUACAACCUGGAUCGUGUAUAUUCUCGCUCGAAAAGGUGUAGGGCUUCCCUUCCUACCAGUAACCAGUUCGGACAUUGACGUUGUGGAAAGCGAGGCUGUAUCUGUAGUACAGCACUGGUUGAAAAAAACAGAAGAAGAGGCUUCUCGGGGCAUAAAGGAAAAGCUGUCCAUCAACUACCCUUCCCAGGGCAUAAGGGAGAAGACGUCCAUUGACUCCCCUCCCACCCAUGGCCAAGACGUCCAUGUGACCAGAGAUGUGGUGAAGCACCACCUCUCUAAGUCUGAUUUGUCAGCAAAUCAGAGCCAGGAGGUCUUGGAGGAGAGAACACGAAUCCAGUUCAUAAGAUGGAGCCACACUCGUAUCUUCCAAGUGCCAAGUGAGAUGACAGAACACAUCAUGCGAGAUCGAAUAGAGCAGGUGAGACGAAGCAUAUCACAUCUUACAGAUUGCUCAUCUCAGGACUCCAGUACGAGACCCUCCUACUGGGACUGCUAAGAGCAACAGAUGGAGCUCUGGGAACAUGGAGAACAGCGGGGUUACAGGGAGUCAUCCUCAGCCCUACCCCUUGGCCAACCACAUCUCCCUGCUGUGUCCCUUGGGCAUUUCUCUACCUCCUAGGUGGAAGUCCUUCAGGGUCCAGGAGCAACCUGGACCUUCUGUGUCAGAAGAACAUCUGUCUCCUGCUUGACCUGAAGAAGGGCCAGACCUGGGCAGAAAGACUCCAGCAGGUGAGCUCUUCAUGUGACAGUGUCAGCACUGGAGUCUUCUUGCUGAACUGCAAAUAAAGAGACGUGCUAUUUAACAACC